GCAGACAGUGUAUCCAUGACGCCAGCCAGCCUCGGGGGUCAAGGGCCAGCCCAGGCACACUGCACCUCUGGGGGACCUCGGGGGCUGUAAGCACUCAGAGAGAGCUUCCCAGGCCCCUUUUGGGGACCUGGGCCAGUCCUGAAGAUGCCCACCAACAGCCUGCACCAGGUGCUGAAGAUCCAGUUUGGCCUCAUCAACGACACUGACCGCUACCUGACAGCAGAGAGCUUCGGCUUCAAGGUCAACGCCUCGGCACCCAGCCUCAAGAGGAAGCAGAUGUGGGUGCUGGAGCCUGACCAGGGGCAGAGCCCGGCCGUGCUGUUCCGCAGCAGCCACCUGGGCCGCUACCUGUCGGCUGAGGAGGACGGGCGCGUGGCCUGCGAGGCGGAGCAACCGGGCCGAGACUGCCGCUUCCUGGUGCUGCCGCAGUCGGACGGGCGCUGGGUGCUGCAGUCGGAGCCGCACGGCCGCUUCUUCGGUGGCACCGAGGACCAGCUGUCCUGCUUCGCCACAGCCAUCUCCCCGGCCGAGCUGUGGACCGUGCACCUGGCCAUCCACCCGCAGGCCCACCUGCUGAGUGUGAGUCGGCGGCGCUACGCACACCUGUGCCCAGAGGAGGACGAGAUCACGGCAGACAGCAACACGCCAUGGGGUGUAGAUGCGCUCAUCACCCUCAUCUUCCAGAACCGACAGUACUGCCUCAAGUCCUGCGACAGCCGCUACCUGCGCAGCGACGGCCACCUCGUCUGGGAGCCCGAGGCCCGCGCCUGCUACACGCUUGAGUUCAAGGCAGGCAAGCUGGCCUUCAAGGACUGUGACGGCCGCUACCUGGCGCCCAUGGGGCCCACCGGCACACUGAGGGCCGGUCGUAACACGCGGCCUGGCAAGGAUGAGCUCUUCGACCUGGAGGAGAGUCCCCCACAGGUGGUGCUGGUGGCUGCCAACCACCGCUAUGUGUCUGUGCGGCAAGGGGUCAACAUCUCAGCCAACCAAGAUGAAGAACUGGAUCAUGAGACCUUCCUGAUGCAAAUUGACCAGGAGACAAAGAAGUGCACCUUCUAUUCUAGCACUGGGGGCUACUGGACCCUGGUCACCCAUGGAGGCAUCCAGGCCACAGCCACACAAGUUUCUGCCAACACCAUGUUUGAGAUGGAGUGGCGCGGCCGGCGGGUGGCCCUCAAGGCCAGUAAUGGACGCUAUGUGUGCAUGAAGAAGAAUGGGCAGCUGGCAGCCGUCAGCGAUUUUGUGGGCGAGGACGAGGAGUUCAUUCUCAAGCUCAUCAACCGGCCCAUCCUUGUGCUGCGUGGCCUGGACGGCUUCGUCUGUCAGCGCCGCGGCUCCAACCAGCUGGACACCAACCGCUCCGUCUACGACGUCUUCCACCUGAGCUUCAGCGACGGCGCCUACCAGAUCCGAGGCCGCGGCGGCGGGUUCUGGCACACCGGCAGCCACGGCAGCGUGUGCAGCGACGGCCAGCGCGCCGAGGACUUCCUCUUCGAGUUCCGUGAGCGCGGCCGCCUGGCCAUCCGUGCCCGGAGCGGCAAGUACCUGCGCGGUGGUGCCUCGGGGCUGCUGCGCGCGGACGCGGACGCGCCGGCGGGGGUCGCGCUCUGGGAGUACUGAGCACGGGGCCCGCCUGUCCCGCAUUAAACCAUGUCUGUGACGCA